GGGCUCGUCGCCGCUCCGCCCGAGGCAGUCGCGUCUCCGCAGUGCUCUGCCUGCUUGCCUGCUCUGCAUCGCCGACGCGACGUCCUGCCGGCGCCGGCCGCCUUGUCCUGUCGUCUGUGGUCGUCUGUCGUCCCGGGAGCCAGCAUCAUCUCGUCGGCUACCGAGGGGAGACCAGGCCGUGCCGUGUCGAGCCGUCGAGGCCCGCCGCCCAAUCAGGGACGAUGAACAACAAGAUCUCCUUCGACAGAGAGAGCGGCUCCGUGGGCGUCUCGCAAAGCAGAAGUCCUGCACCGCCCAAAACGCCACCGCCGAGCAUCGCCUUUCGACAUGCCAUCCCGCAGGUGGUCGCGUCCUGCGCGGCGCUGUCGCUCGCCAUGCACGCCGGCAUCAACAUGGCCUUCGCCGCCAUCAUGAUCCCCCAGAUGGAGCGCCCCGACAGCGCCAUCCGCGUGGACCGUGACUCGGCGUCCUGGAUCGCGGCCGCGGUGGCGGUGACGACGCCGGUCGGGUCGUUGUUGUCGGGGCCCCUGAUGGACUGGCUUGGGAGGCGUUCGGCCUGCAUGGUGACCGCCGUGCCGCUCUUCUUGGCGUGGGUGGUGCUGCCGCUGGCCGCGGGGCCCUGGCCUGUCCUGGGCAUCGUGUACCUGGCCCGCGUGCUGGCCGGGGUUGGCGCGGGGCUGUCGACGGCCGCGGGGGUCUACGUGUCCGAGGUGGCGCACCCCUCGCUGCGGCCCGCACUGCUGUGCCUCAACAGCGUGUCCGUGGCGGCGGGCAUCUUGCUGACGGCGUGCUUGGGGACGGUGAUGCCGUGGGGCUGGAUGGCGGUGGUCUUCGCCGCCACCGCCGCCGCCUCCAUGCUCGCCCUGCUGCUGCUGGCGCCGGAGAGCCCCCACUGGCUGCUCAGCAUGGCGCCGGGCAAGCAGAUGGAGCAGCGGGCCGCCCUGGCGCGCCGGUCGCUACGCCGCCUCUACAAGGACGACGAGAUGAUGGAGGCGUGCUGGGACCGCCUGGUGGAAAACGCGGGGACGGCCAACAAGACCAGAGGGCAUGCCGAUGAGGACGGCGUGGACGGCGAGGGCCAGAACCUCCUGGGCAGGCGUGUGUUUCGCAGCGUGAGUGUCUUCCUGCAGCCAGCCACCGCCAAGCCCAUGGCCCUCCUAGCCAUCAUCUUCAUCCUGCAGCAACUCUCCGGCACCUACGUCAUCAUCUUCUACGCCGUCCCCCUCUUCGCGCAGAUGGGCAGUCGCUUCGGCACGGUGGUGGACGAGUUCGGCGUGAUGGUGGUCAUGAGCGUGGUGCGGUUCGUGAUGAGCAUCGUGACGGCCUUGCUGUCCCACCGCGUGGGCCGCCGCCCCAUGAUGAUGGUGUCGGGGCUGGGCAUGGCGGCGUGCUCCGUGGCGGCGGGCUUCACGCUGCGCACCGCCCUCACCCCCGACCUCGCGCCCGUGGCCGUCAACGCCACGGCCAACACCACGGAGGCGGGGGUGUCGUCCGUGCUGGGGGCUGAGGUGUUUGAAGCCAGCUGGCCACCACUGGUUUUCGUCGUCCUCUUCGUCAUGUUCAGCUCACUGGGGCACCUGGUGAUACCAUGGACGCUGGUGUCCGAACUGCUACCCCUGGCGAGCCGCGGCAUGGGCAGCGGGCUGCUGGUGUCGCUGGCGUACUUGUUCAUGUUCGGCGUGGUCAAGAGCUUCCCCUACUUCAUGGCGGCGGCGGGCGCGCGCAACGUCUUCCAUGUGUUCGGUGCCAUGUCGUGCGUCGGCACGGUCUUCGUGUUCUUCUUCCUGCCCGAGACGUUGGGUCGCUCGCUGGCCGAGAUCGAGAAGUACUUCGUCAAGAAGAGCGAGUCUCGAAGGGAGAGCUGAUCCAGUCAAUGUUGCUCUGGACGUUAAAAGCAAGACCUAAGUCAUGUACAAACUUAUUCGUGAUAUGUGAUAUUUUUUAUAGGAUGGGUCCAUUUUUAUAUUGAACAUUUUACUUGCAUAUUAUAUGUUGUACAUAACAUUACUUUAAAAGAAUAUUUUAAGAAAAACAAUCGGUGACCCUGCUCUGCUUGUAGUUCCCGGUUAUGUUCUGUGAUUAUCAAUUUUUACAAAUGUUUUAUAAUAAAAUGUUGCAUUGUGA